UACAGUGACCGAGUCACCCCUGAUCGGAUUGUCUGCUCAGACCUGUCUUCAUAUUGCUGUUCAAGCAUGGCGCUACCCAGUAGAGAUAGUUAUACGUGAGGUUUUUGGGGUAAACCUGCACUUUUACGCACCGAAGUUACCGGUGGAUUUUGAUAGAGAGUGUUUAGGGUUUGGCUUUAAUUUUAAUUGUAACUCUGCCGGUAUGUUUUCACUCUUGUGCGGAUUGGUGAGUUUGUGUGCCCUGGGCCGCGGUCAGUUAGCCACUAAUGAACAGCUGGAUGAUGGAAAGCGGUACAUCUGCCGCGCAAUUCCCCUCAGCGGAGAUCCCACGUGCCCGGUGACAUUGUUACCCGAGCUAAACGUGGGGGGCCAGGAAGAAGAGCUCAGAAAUACCGUCAUGCAGCUCCGAGAGACAAUCCUACAGCAGAAAGAAAUGAUUUCCAAACAGAUAGGCACCAUCAACGAGCUCACCACCAAGCUGUCCCUCUGUGCCUCAACCACCGACGAUAGGAAGUACGACAAGGGGGCUUCCUGGGGGAAAGAGAAGCAAAACACGAUGGGGGAUGUUCCCAGAGAUCCAAAUGACAGCAUCGACAGUAUGGGGAAAACCAUGCAAGGGCUGAAGGACCGGUUGGAGAACUUGGAGCAACAGCAUCUGAGAGCCAACGUAUCCGGAGCGUCGUUCCCCACCGAGCUGCGGGACCUGCUGCAGCGUCGCCUCGGGGAGCUGGAGAAGCAGCUCCUGAAGAAGGUCAGCAACCUGGAGGAGGAGAAGAGCAUGCUGUCCAACGCCACGGCCGAGUACAGGCUGAAGACCGAGAGUACUCUGAGCGCUUUGGUGGACAGGAUCAGUGAGCUGGAGAAAGGAGGAGGAGACUUUAAGUCCCCGGAGCAGUUUAAGCUGUCCCUCCCCCAGCGGACCAACUACCUGUACGGCCGCGUCACCAAAACCCUGCCGGAGAUGUACGCUUUCACGCUCUGCAUGUGGAUCAAGUCCAGCGCCAGUCCUGGCAUCGGGACGCCCUUCUCCUACGGUGUCCCGGGGCAGGCCAACGAGAUAGUGCUGAUCGAAUGGGGAAAUAACCCAAUAGAGCUGCUCAUCAACGACAAGGUGGCCCAGCUUCCUUUGGAGGUACGGGACGGGAAGUGGCACCACAUCUGCAUCGCCUGGACCACACGGGACGGCCAAUGGGACGCUUACCAAGACGGAGAGAAGCUGGGAAGCGGAGACAACCUGGCAGCCUGGCACCCGAUCAAACCCGGGGGGGUCAUCAUCCUGGGGCAGGAGCAGGACGUGGUGGGCGGGCGCUUCGAUGCCGGACAGGCCUUCGUGGGCGAGCUGAGUCAGGUGAACAUUUGGGACCGCGUCCUGAAGCCGGUGGAGAUCCAGUCGAUGGCCAACUGCAGCUCUUACAUCCCCGGGAACGUGAUCUCCUGGCUAGCAUCCAACGUGGAAGUGUUUGGGAGGGGAGCGUUCAAGCGGCCCAUGGAGACGUGUCAGGAGCGCCUGCCUAAAGCUUAAAAACUGUCGUGCCUCACUUUAGAUACACUUAAAAAACUGAACCGUUGACUUUAUGUAAAUGUGUUAUGUCAACAGAUUUCACAUAACUGUAUUAGGUUAGUUGAAAGCAAUAAUAUGAAUUACAAUUUAU